ACGUCAAGACCGGCUCAGCUCCGGCCGGUCGAGAUCCACCGAUCCACUCCGCCUCACUGCACCGAGCCGAGCGGGGCGCGCGGGCGGCUCAGAUCACACCGCACCGGCGGGCGAUCACCGACGCCGACGCGGCGCCCCCACGCCAACGGCCGAACGCACCAUACAAGCUCGCCGUCGUGCUCCCCGACCCAACCCAACCCCACCCACUCCUCCCUCCCGCAGCUACAUCUCCCGCCUCGCCACCGCGCGGCGGGAGCUCGCCGAAGAGCUUCCUCCGCUCCCGCCCCGCGCCUCCCGUCCGCAGCCACGUCGGCUUCCCGCCGACCGCCUCGCGUUCUCGCGGUUUCCUGGUUCAGCUGAAUUUGUUGGCGGGGCGAGGCUGCGGAGCCAGAUCCCGCCCGUUCGCGCGCCUGGGACGGGGCGGUGGAUCGGCUGGGCGGAUCAGAUCUAUGCCCGAGAUCUAGGGUGGCUGGUGCGGAGGUGGAGGUGGUGAGCCGGCGGUAAUCGGAGGCCGGGGACAGGGAUGGCGUGGUGGUCGGGGAAGGUGUCGCUGGGCGGGCUGCAGGACAUCGCCGGAGCCGUCAACAAGAUCAGCGAGAGCGUGAAGAACAUCGAGAAGAACUUCGACAGCGCGCUCGGCCUAGAGGAGAAGCGCGACGAUGAAGAAGCUUCUGGAUCACGGACGUCCAACUCUGAUAGAAUGGGAUUCUUCAAUCCUGUCAUGGCUUUCAUGGGACAAAAUGGCGAGGAGGAUGGAACUGAUGUAUCAGAAAAGCCACAAUCUCCAAAGAAUUCGUCCCCAGAGGAAGAAAAUCAUAGCACCUCCACUAAGCAACGGACAUCUGAGGUAGAUGCUUCUGAAGUAUCAGGAACAAUAAAAUCUCCAAAGCAGCCUUCAAAAUUGGAAGAAGCUCACAGCAGCAUCUCCACUGAGUCACCUGUUUCUGAGCAAUCCAUGACGCCACAAACUUCAACACAUCCUUCAGCAGCAGAAGAAAAGCUUGAUGGCUCUGCUGAGUCACCCAUAUCUAAGGAGGAAGAUUUUGAAGCAUCAGAAACGUCACAAUCUCUGUCGCAUCCUUCACCACCGGAAGAAACUCAUAGUGGCUCCAUCGAGGAUAUAAGUUCAGUUAUGAAUGAGAACCAGGACAAUCAAGAUAGGAAACAUUCUGGCCCUAGUGAUGAAGCACUGCCGAAUCAGCUUGGAGAGUCUGCUGGAGACGUCCCUGAUGGUACAGCAUCUUCUUCACCUACCAAAAUAGAUCAGUCAGGUGACACCGAAACAGGGGAAUCUAUUCAUACUGGUCAGGAAGACGCAUCUGAUGGGAGCCCCUCGCAAUCACAACCAGCAGAGUCCACGUUAGCUAGUUCAGAUGAUAUAAUUGAAGCUGAGGACAAGAUUGCUCAAAAAUCUGAUGCCCCAAAAGAAAUGAGUAGUCCACAGGAUGGCAGCAAUAAGGUAGACAAAACUACUAAUCUUGAAGUCAAAGUACGUGAUGGCAGCAUUAAUACUGAAAAAAAUAAGGAAGAAAGCAAUAAGAUAGUGGCAGGGACAGCAUCUGUUGUUGGACAGGAGGAGAAUGUAUCGGAGCAGCCCGUUGACUUCAAAUCAAAGUCCAUAAUUGCAGAGCAUGAUUCACAUUCGCAGAAUGAGUCGGUGGUCAAUUCGACAGAUAUGCCUGCUGGACUAGUGGAAGAUUCUCCUGCGAAUGAUUUUAAAAAAGAAGAAAAGAUUCAGGAAUCUGUUGGAAGCACAAAUUCUCCGACUCCGGAAUUUGCUGGUUCUGUUGCUGAGCUAGAGAAAUUAAGACGUGAAAUGAAGAUGAUGGAAGCUGCAUUGCAAGGUGCUGCAAGACAAUCGCAGUCCAAAGCUGAUGAAAUUGCAAGAUUGAUGAAUGAGAAUGAGCAACUCAAAGCAACAAUUGAUGAUCUCAAGAGUAAGUCGUCUGAAGCAGAAAUGGAUGCGCUUAAGGAUGAAUAUCACCAGAGAGUAGCAACUCUUGAAAGGAAGGUGUAUGCACUAACUAAAGAACGGGAUACACUAAGGAGAGAACAGAAUAAGAAAAGUGAUGCAGCUGCCCUUUUGAAAGAAAAGGAUGAGAUUAUCACUCAGGUCAUGGCUGAAGGUGAGGAGUUAUCCAAAAAGCAAGCUGCUCAAGAAGCCACAAUACGAAAACUGAGGGCACAGAUUCGUGAGCUUGAAGAAGAAAAACAACGGCUGAACUCAAAGAUCCAGGUUGAGGAGACUAAGGUUGAGAGCAUUAAGAGAGACAAGGCAGCAACUGAGAAGUUGCUUCAAGAAACGAUAGAAAGAAAUCAGACUGAACUUGCAGCUCAGAAGGAAUUCUACACCAAUGCUCUUAAUGCAGCUAAAGAGGCUGAGGCAUUGGCUGAAGCAAGAGUCAACAGCGAAGCCAAAGUUGAACUGGAGAGCCUUUUAAGAGAAGCUGGCGAAAAAGAAAAUAUGCUGAUUAAGACAAUUGAGGAGUUGAGGCAUUCUCUUACCAGGCAAGAACAGGAGGCUGCUUUCAGGGAAGAAAGGCUAAAAAGGGACUAUGACGAUCUUCAAAAGCGGUAUCAAGCCAGUGAACUUCGUUAUAAUGAACUGGUCACACAAGUUCCUGAGUCUACCAGACCACUCCUGAGGCAAAUUGAAGCAAUGCAGGAGACUGCUGCUCGUAGGGAGGAAGCAUGGGCUGGUGUGGAGAGAACCUUAAACUCUCGCCUUCAGGAAGCAGAAGCUAAAGCUGCUGCUGCAGAAGAAAAGGAGCGGUCUGUAAAUGAGCGAUUGUCACAAAGUUUAUCCCGGAUAACUGUUCUUGAGACACAGAUUACAAUUCUUAGAACAGAGCAGACACAGCUGAGCCGAUCUCUUGAGAAGGAGAGGCAGAGAGCAUCUGAAAGUAGACAGGAGUACCUUGCAAUUAAAGAGGAGGCAGCGAUACAAGAAGGACGGGCCAAACAACUCGAAGAAGAAAUAAAGGAGCUUAGGGCUAGGCACAAGAAGGAGAUGCAAGAAGCAGCAGAACACAGGGAACUGCUUGAGAAGGACCUUGAAAGGGAAAAGGCUGCUAGGGCAGAAAUUGAGAAGACAUCUUCCCGUGAAGCACCUAAAGUUCCACUUCCUGAUCAAACAAGAAAUGCCCCUCUCAGAAAGCUCUCUAGUUCUGGAAGUAUAAAUAGUCUGGAAGAAAGCCAUUUCCUUCAAGCAUCAUUGGAUUUAUCUGACAAUGCUUCAUUAGAGAGGAGAAUGUCUUCAGAAAGUAAUAUGUCAUAUUAUCUGAGGACCAUGACUCCAAGUGCUUUUGAAUCAGCACUUCGUCAGAAGGAUGGAGAGCUGGCUUCUUACAUGUCACGCUUGGCCUCUUUGGAAUCUAUUCGGAAUUCACUGGCAGAGGAGUUGGUGAAAAUGACAGAACAAUGUGAAAAGUUACGGACAGAAGCUGCUGCUCUGCCUGGCUUAAGGGCUGAAUUGGAAGCUCUGAAACAAAGACACUUUCAAGCUCUAGAACUUAUGGGUGAACGUGAUGAAGAGCUGGAAGAACUAAGAAAUGAUAUCGUUGACCUAAAAGAGAUGUACAGGGAGCAAGUGGAUCUUCUCGUUAGCCAGCUCCAGGCAUUGGGUGCUCGUGUAUAGUGCUGGUACGGCUUUGUCGUGUCAUCAAAUUCUUGUUCAGUGCAUUGACCAAGUCCAAGAUAACAGGUCAGAGACUUGAGAAUGUUUAUUCAAAAUUUUGUAACCAUACAACGACACUCAAAAUAUUCGUUUGUAUACAUCUUAUGAUCUUAAGCAGCUUCGGUGUUGGGUUUAGGAGGAUACGUUGUUGUAUACUAGGCUGAAUAGUUUCACAGUUUUACGUGUAUUCUUUGCGAUUUGUUUUCAUCUAGUGUAUCGAAUUUGAGAAUCCAUUUGCAAUGUGUACCUCAGAGGAAUGCAAUCAAUAAUAUCAAGAGCCCCUUUUGUC